AUGUCCACCGAGAAAUCAAAAGAAGACAAUCAAGAAAAUGAACCCAACCAGCAAUUACCCCAACCAAAAGCAGCAUCAGGAGUCUACGGACUAAUCAUUAUCCAAAUCAUAACCAAAUUAUUCACAUUUCUCCUAAAUCAAUUAUUAAUCCGAUUCAUAUCUCCAAAGAUAUUCGGAAUUGCAAGCUAUUUAGAAUUCAUCACAUCUACAAUCCUAUUCUUUUCUAGAGAAGCUGUUCGACUUUCAGUACAACGAAUUCAAGCUGGAAGAAAUGAUGAUGGUGGUACGAAAGGAAAUCAAUUCAGAAUAGGGACCAGAUCGGGGAGUUUACAAUCAGUUAUCAAUUUCGGAUUCUUGGCUUGUGGGUUAGGGUUGGGUGUUUUGAGUAUGGUUGGAUAUUGGCAAUAUAGGACCGAUAUGUUUCAGAUCACAUUUAUGAAAUUGUCAUUAUGGCAAUAUAGUUCAUUAUUGAUUAUAUUUCUGAUUUUGUUGGAAUUGAUUAUUGAACCUGUGUUUUUGAUAUAUCAAUUUGAAUUGGAUUUUAGUAGACGGUCGAAAUUUGAAGGAUUGGCGAUAUUUUUGAAAUGUGUUAUGACUUUUGUGGUGGUUGUUUUGGGGAAGAGUAUGGAUAGUGAAAGUUUUGAAGGGAUUGGUGUGUUGGCAUUUAGUUUUGGAAGGUUUGUUUAUUCAUUGACUUUGUUUAUAACUUAUCUGAUUUCAUUUUUGAAAUUUAAUCAAGAAAAUAACACAGAUGUUAAAUAUUCAAUGAAUAAAAUAUAUGAUUCAAAGAACGAAUCAUCUUUCUAUUUCCAGAAUGAAAUAUUCAAAAUUUGGAAAGAAUUCUUUAUCCAGAUGUUGUUCAAACAAUUAUUAACCGAAGGUGAUAAAUUAAUCAUCAACUACUUAUGCACGAUUGACGAACAAGGGAUCUAUGCCGUUAUAUCAAAUUAUGGAGCAAUAAUAGCACGAUUAUUAUUUCAACCAUUAGAAGAAUCAACCAGAUUAAUGUUCACCAAAAUCCUAAACUCCACCGCUACCACUUCAUCCUUCGACUCAACCAAACAAUCAUUCAACUAUCUCAAAUUGAUCUCAAUUUUUUAUUUCAAUCUUUCGAUAAUGAUCCUAUUCGCAGGAAUAACAAACGCUCCAUUUUUAUUACAAUUCAUAAUUGGUCGCAAAUGGGGCCAUAAUACCGAUUUAUUCGACUUAUUCCAAAUAUAUAUAAUCUAUAUCCCAUUUUUGGCAUUCAAUGGGAUUCUUGAAGCUUUAUACUCGGGAAUGGCGCUGAAUAAAGAUAUGAAACGAUUCUCGUCAUAUAUGAUUUUCGUCAGUAUAUUAAUUGUGUGUGUUCUGUAUUUAUUGAUUGAAAAGUUAAGGUUUGGAAUUUUGGGAUUGAUAAUUGCAAAUGUUAUCAAUAUGGCUUUGAGAAUUGGAUUCUGUUUUGUUGGUAUAAAGAAAUAUUAUUCAAUAAGAAGUGUUGCAGGUCUUUCAUUGAUGAAUGUAGUCAAGUAUACUUGGAGUUCGACUUUUGUGAUGGUAGUUUGGUGGGGAGUUCAAUAUUUGGUUGUGUUUGGAAUGAAUGGGUAUACUACUCAAUCUUGGAAACAAUUGAUUGGCAGUGGGUUUAUAUGUAUUGGAUUGUUAAGCAAUUUAUUAUUCUUAGAAAGGAAGAAUUUGCAUGGGCCAUUAGAUAAAUUAAAAUCUAGACUUACAAGACAGAAACUUGAUUAG